AUGGGCCGCGGGGCCUGCGCCCCUUCGGAGGCGUUGGGGGUGCCGGGGCUGGGCCGCUGGUUCGGAGCUGUCCUGGGCGCCCUGUGCCUGCUCCCCUUGCUGGCGCUGCUGGCCCUGCCGGGGAUCCCCGCAGCGCAGGGAGACGUGGCUGCGCCAGAUCCUGCGGGUGUCCCUGCCACCCCAGUCUCCAGCCCGCCACCCCAUCAGGUGCCCCGCAGACGCCGCUACACUUUGACCCCGGCCAGGCUGCGCUGGGACCACUUCAACCUGACUUACAGGAUCCUCUCCUUCCCACGGAACCUGCUGAGUCCCAGGGAUACCCGUCGGGGCCUGGCUGCCGCCUUCCGCAUGUGGAGCGACGUGUCCCCCUUCAGCUUCCGAGAGGUGGCCCCCGAGCAGCCCAGCGACCUCCGCAUAGGCUUCUACCCCAUCAAUCACACGGACUGCCUGUCUUCGGCCCUGCACCACUGCUUCGACGGCCCCACGGGCGAGCUGGCGCACGCCUUCUUCCCCCCGCAUGGUGGCAUCCACUUCGACGACAGCGAGUACUGGGUGCUAGGCCACACACGCUACAGCUGGAAGAAAGGCGUGUGGCUCACGGACCUGGUGCACGUGGCAGCCCACGAAAUUGGUCACGCGCUGGGCCUGAUGCACUCGCAGCACGGCCGGGCCCUCAUGCACCUUAACGCCACGCUGCGCGGCUGGAAGGCACUGUCGCAGGACGAGAUGUGGGGGCUGCACCGGCUCUAUGGCUGCCUGGAUAGACUCUUCGUGUGUGCUUCCUGGGCACGGAGAGGUUUCUGCGAUGCCCGCCAGAGGCUCAUGAAGCGGCUGUGUCCCAGCAGCUGCGACUUUUGUUACGAGUUCCCCUUCCCCACGGUGGCCACCACCCCACCUCCCCCAAGGACCAAGACAAGGUUGGUGCCUGAAGGCAGGAACAUGACCUUCAGCUGUGGCCGGAAGAUCCUGCAUAAGAAGGGGAAAGUGUACUGGUACAAGGACCAGGAGCCCCUGGAGUUCUCCUACCCCGGCUACCUGGCACUCGGGGAGGCACACUUGAGCAUCAUCGCCAACGCCAUCAACGAGGGCACCUACACGUGUGUGGUGCGCAGGCACCGGCAGGUGCUCACCACCUACUCCUGGCGAGUCCGUGUGCGGAGCUAGUGUGCCCACUGUGGCCCACAGGAAGGGGCGGACUGAUAAAGCGCUUUCUCUACGA